AUGAACAAAGCCUUACGAAAGGAUCCUUUAUUGUUACGUAAUUCUCCGAAAGCCAGUGAUGGACGUGGAUGGGCUUUUUGCUCAGUUGAACAUUUGAAAAAUAAUCCACAGGUGUUCGUCUGGGGAUUUGAACGCUUACUUCAUAAUCUCGUAAUAUAUGGUUUACUAAUGAACAUGACAGCUUAUGUAAGUCAGGCAUUAAAUGAUCAACUGGUAUUGGGUGCCCGAGUUAAUUUAUACUUUGGUAUAGGAGAAUCAGUCAUAUUUACACUUGGAGCUUUAAUCGGUGAUCGUAUACGAGGUUAUUUAGCAGUCGCCUACUUUAUUGGAGCACUAUUUGCAGCUUUAUUUUUGGUUAUUAUGCAAAAUACAUAUGAAGAUUUAAAUGUUGUUUAUGUACUGGCUGGAUUUACUGGUGCUACUGUUGGUGUAGGCAAUACAUUUCUAUAUGCUACUUCAGAAGAGAUAAUGAUGGUUCAUGGAUCGAUUGCAUUUCCUAUGACAAAAAUGAUUGCCGGUAUUGGUAUGCUGUUAGCACCAUUAUUCUCUGGUGCAAUUAUUGAUGGAUUUGGAUAUGGUGGAUUUUUUAUUACUAGUGAAAAAGAACACAUAUCUACAAAUGAUAAUCAUUUUAAUCAUUGUUGUCAAAAUACCACUAAACAAUGCAAUGAAAAAUUAACAAAAAUUAAUAAUGUAGAAUGUGAAAUUACAAAUGGAUUAAAUUCAACAGAACAUGAUUUAGAGAAACGUAUUCAAACCUCUUCUGAAUGGUAUCAUGAAAAUGAUCGCAGAAUACCAUAA